AUGAUGUCUAUUAGAAAACAGUUCGAACACCUCAAAAUACAAUUAGAAGCUAUAAUAUCAACAACCAACAACUUUUCUGAAGAUAAAUGCAUCGGAAAAGGAGGAUUUGGGAAAGUCUACAAGGGCGAACUCGUCCAUUCGAAGGGCCAUGCCACCGUUGCCUUAAAACGUUUAGAUCGUGCAUUUGGGCAAGGAGAUCCUGAAUUCUGGAAAGAAAUCAUUAUGCUUUCCCUUUACAGACAUGAAAACAUCAUCUCCCUCUUAGGAUUUUGUGAUGAGAGUGGUGAGAAGAUCGUAGUGUACGAAUAUGCAUCAAACAGAAGUCUUGACUUACACCUCAAUAGCAAUGAUCUAAAAUGGGUUCGACGCCUUAAUAUAUGCAUAGGGGUGGCUUGUGGAUUAGCAUAUCUUCAUGAUCCUGCUGGGAGCCAACAAAGAGUAUUACACCGGGAUAUUAAAAGUUCCAACAUAUUACUAGAUGAAAAUUGGAACGCCAAGAUCUCAGAUUUGGGUCUAUCCAAAUUUGGUCCAGCUAAUCAGCAUUAUACAUUUAUAGUCUCCCGUGCUGUAGGUACGUUUGGGUAUUGUGAUCCGUUGUAUGUAGAAACGGGGUUACUAACAAAGGAGUCUGAUGUAUAUUCAUUUGGCGUGGUGAUGUUUGAAGUUUUGUGUGGGAGGUUGUGUAUUGACAACAAGGGUAUGCAUCAACCUUUUACUGAAUUGGUACGAAAGUGUUACAAAAAGAAUAACCUAAGUGGAAUUAUCUUUGGUAAUGUAAAGGAUGAAAUAAAUCCUUGUUCGUUGAAGGCAUUUGCAACAAUUGCUUAUAGAUGUUUGAAAAGGAACCGUGAAAAACGACCACUAACGAACGAGGUUGUGAGAAUACUUGAAACUGCUAUGAAGUAUCAAGUUCCACCUCCACCACCACCUCCACUUCCACCUGCACGUUCAAAGAACUAUAAUGUAUCACUGCCACCUCCUCCUCCGGACAACUCUAGUGUGCCACUACCACCUCCACAUUCUGGUGUAAGUUCUUCAGCUUCUAUAAAUCAAAGACCUUUAAAGCCCCUCCAAUUGAUGAAAACCAAUGCAAAGGAAGGAAGUUUAUGGAAUGUGUCUCAAAAACACGGGAACCAAUCAAGGGCUCCUGAAAUUGAUAUAACGGAGCUUGAGAGUUUGUUUUCAACUGCUUCAAUGUCAACAGGCGCACACAAGAAUCUAGGUCAACCAAGUUCCGAAAAGCUAAAACCAGAAAACAUUUGUUUGAUUAAACCGUUGAGAGCAAGUGCUUGGGAAAUCAUACUUGGGAAAAUAAAUCUACCCCUACAUGAUAUUAUUAAAGCCAUUCUUUCGUUGAACUCUUUUGCUAUGAAUGUUCAUCAAGUUUAUAAUCUUAUCGAGUUUUGUCCUACAAAAGAAGAAAUGGAGAUAGUAAAGAGCUAUACUGGAUACAAGAAAAUGCUUGGACAAUGUGAACAGUUCUUUUUGGAAUGUGCGAAGAUACCAAGAAUAAAGCCAAAACUACGAGUAUUUGCGUUCACAAUUACUUUUAGCAGUCAGGUUAACAAUUUGAGUGAAAACCUGAGUACAAUCAAAGACGCUACUAAAGAGAUUAUGGAAUCCACAAAGCUGGUGAAGAUAAUGCAGAUAAUUUUCACUAUGGGGAAUAAAUUAAACAAAGGAUCCAAUGGAGGUUUUAGAUUAGACAAUUUUCGGGAUUUGGGAUAUACAUAUGCAACGGAUAAGAAGAUCACUCUCUUGCAUUAUCUAUGCAAGGUGGUUGCUGAGCAAACACCAGAGUUAUUGGAUUUUGACAAGGAUCUUAUUCACUUACAAUCUGCCUCCAUGAUACAAAUUAAAAGUUUGCAUGAGGACAAGUAUGCAAUAAUCAACGGUUUCAAGAAGGCUCAAAAUGAAUUUGAUGCUUCGGAUAAUGAUGGUGAUGUGUCAGCUCGAUUCCGAGAGGCCUUGAAGAGCUUUCUUGAUAGUGCUGAUGAUCAACUCCCACCUCUUACGUCUUCGUUUAAUGAAGUGGCUCAGUAUGCAGACUCACUUGCGGUAUAUUUCGGGGAGGAUCCCAGUCGGGUUCCUUGGGAGCAAGUUAUAACUUCUCUGGUGCGUUUUAUUGUGAAAUUUAAGAAGGCACACAAUGAGAAUAUACAGUGGGAAGAUUCUGAAAUGAAAAAAUUGGAGAAAGUUGUUAAAGAAGAGGGAAGCAGCAGUUAAUAUUGUAUUAAAAGAAAGGCUAAAUGCAUGAAAAACAAUGUAGUUCAUAAUUUUAUUAGUUUGUGUAUUAUUGCAUC